UUCAAGAUGGAGUUUGAGGAGUUGAGAGUUGAAAUUCCUGCUGAUGAUAGCGACAAAGAGGAGAAAGAUUUACCAUUUUACUUUGAAAGAAGAUAUGAAAAUAAGUCUGGGUGUUUCGUGACAGGAUUUGAUGUAACUUCGAAGGAAGCACAGGAAAGGAAAGAAAGAAGGGCGAAAAGAUUUGGCCUUCAGGCAAAACAGAAAGACACAGAAAAGGAUGACAGUCAUUCUGAGGAUGACCCAGAUACAGUACUGCCAUCUGUUGAUCCCAAGGAGUUGCCUGCCAUUACUGAUGGUGAGACCAGAUCAGAUGCCAUUCUUAUUCAUGGCGUGAACGAGAUGAGCACAGAGGAUGUGUUUGCAUAUUUCAGAGACUUUGCCCCUGGGUCUGUAGAAUGGAUUGAUGAUUCUUCAUGUAAUGUAGUUUGGGAUGAUGAAUUCACUGCUUCUAGAGUUCUGAUGGCAGUCGGAAAACAAUUAGAAAACCCAACAGAUGAGGAUAUCAGUGACGCUGUGGAAGUCAGAUGGAAGAUAGGCCCUCCUCAUCCCAAAGCUAAAUGUCUCCUCUUACGAUUGGCAACGAAAAAGGACAAGAAACUACCAGGGGCAGCCGGAAGAAGCAUGUAUUACUUAAUCAAUGGUAAAGCAAAAAACACUGGACAAGGAAGAAGAAAAGGCAUCGUCAGUUCAUCAAGAAAGAGGAAAUUAUUGAAAGAACAGGAGCGAGUGAAGCACAUGUAUUCAGGUGGUCCAGAAGUUGUCUUCCUCGACAAGAUUGAUACUGAAAAAGAAGAAAAAAUGGAUAUCGACGAACCUCCGCUUAAGAUUGUCGUCAACAACGACGGUCAGCCGGAAAGGAAUGAACCGGGAAAUCUACGCAUGCGCAUGCACGCUGAUGCUAUCGAAGAUGACGACAGCGAAAGUGACGAGGACGACGACAGAAGAGAAAAGAGGGAUAAAUGGAAAGGAAGAAUUGAGAAGAAAGAAAAUAAAAUGGAAGUCCGGACUGAAAAACCCACUUUAGACUUGCGGUCAAAACUUCAAAGUAGACAGCGACACGGGUUCAAUUUUAAGAACAGGCCGUCUUUGUCAAUCGAGAUCAAGGAGGAGCCGGAAUAGACCUGUCUUGAAGAAAAAAAAUUUAAGUUAAUUUUUUUUAGUUUUUAGCACUUAAAUCAUGUAGCUACGGUGUAGAACGUUAACUAUUUUACCACCGAGAUGUGCGAGCGGGCUUGGUUUUUAAAUCAUUUUGCUGAUAAAUAUUAUACGGCAAAUCUAAGGUACUGAUGUGGAACUUUAUCUUUAAUAAAAGUACAUAAUUUAAUGGAA